AAUUCUUACAAAUAAAACUAUUUCGGUCUCUGUAUAAGAACUAAACAAGGUUCGAGUCUUGAGUUCAUCUUUAUCUCUAUCUGUUUAGCUAUCUUACCAUCUGAGUUGGGCUUUGUUUGGAGAGAAAGAGAGAGAGGGAUGGCUCCUGGUGCAGUAAUGGUACCGAAGUUGCAGGUGGAAGAAGUGACUUUCCCUGGAAGCGUGAAGCCUCCAGGCUCAACCAACAUCCUCUUUCUGGGUGGUGCAGGUGUGAGGGGAUUGGAGAUACAAGGACAGUUCAUCAAGUUCACCACCAUCGGCAUCUAUUUGGGUCAGGAAGCCCUUCCCUCACUCGCCUCUAAGUGGAAGGGGAAGACCAUCGAUGAACUCACCUCCUCCCUUGACUUCUUCUCUGAUAUUGUCUCGGGUGAAUUCGAGAAAUUCAUAAAGGUGACGAUGUUAAAGCCAUUGACGGGUCAAAUGUACGCAGAGAAGGUAACAGAGAAUUGCGUGGCUUACUGGAAAGCCGUGGGGAUUUACAGUGAUGCAGAGGCCAAGGCAGUGGAGGAGUUCACAGAUACCUUUAAGGAUGAGAACUUCCCACCUCUAACUUCCAUCCUCUUCACCCUCUCCCCCCAUGGCUCCCUCACGAUUGCUUUCUCUAAAGCAAAAGAUGGGGCAAUACCAGAAGUAGGGAGUGCAGUGAUAGAGAACAAACAGCUAGCAGAGGCAGUGCUGGAGUCCAUCAUCGGCAAGCAUGGAGUCUCCCCUGUGGCCAAACAGAGCUUGGCAGAGCGGAUUCAUGGAUUGUUGCUGGAAUUUGAUGCUGCCAAUGUCAAUGUCAAUGCCAAUGCCUUGAAUAGGGAUAAAGUUGAGGUUGUCAAGCAGGAAAAUGGAGAUUCUGUAGACAAAGUUGAGGUUGUCAAGCAGGAAAAUGGAGAUUCUGUAGACAAAGUUGAGGUUGUCAAGCAGGAAAAUGGAGACUCUAUCUGCAAGCAGUAGAGGGAGAGAGGGAGAGAAGGAGAGAGGGAGAGGGAAAGACUAUGGUGGUGUUUUGAUAUUUUUCCUUUUAAGACAGUUUUUUUAAAUGUGAUCCCAAGAAAGGUGGAAAAAAAAAAGUGUUUAUCUGUAGGCCUGUGAUGUCUACUGAAUUUAGGGGUGAUAUCUCGAUCUGAUCCAAUAUUUACUCAAAACUCUUCUAACCAGGAAAAUAAAUUAUCUCCUCUUUUUCUCCUUUUA